UUACCCGCUCUCUGUAUCCCGUACCAUAAUGGCACUUAAAAUUCCUGUCGCACAGUUGCAACGAGAUACCUCGGACGGCUGCGAGCGCCGAACAGUGACUUACACCUUUCUCCCACACGCCCCCACACCUGACUAUAUUCUGGACGAGUACGACGUGUAGUACUUGUUACUACAAGAUGCCAUCGUCCUCUAGGGUGUGCCACAGUUAUUCACAGACAGCUACUUGUCGAUUCGGCUCCAAGUGCAAGUUUGCGCAUGACGAAGGGUCUGAAGUCACCAAUGGUCCGUCCAAAACACAGACACAGACACCUCUAGACGAUUUCUUUGCAACACACCCCACGUUCGACUACGAUUCGUCUGCGUCAGUUUCAUCGGAGUUUUAUCGGAUGUGCGGCCAGUUUUGCUGGGAUAGGGAUGAUAAAGAGAGAGAGAAAGCUCACAAUGAUUUCAAGAACGCCCUUGUUCGGCAGUUCAACGAGAUAUAUGGCACGGAUGUGAAUGAUCUCACUUCAUGGCACAAUUUGUGUCAGAUCGUCCGCAUUUCACCGAUUCCUGACACUCUCAAAUUAUGCCGCGAGGCGGUCAAAGCCACUCAUGUCAAUAUUGUUGACUUGGUCGAUACAAAUGUGACCAAGGAACCAGUGACCAGAUUUGUUUCGGAGGCGAAGCUGAGCGAGUAUACCAAAGCAACGGGAAAGUUCUUUCCAACAGAUAAUGCGUAUGCUGGUGGUCUCUUAAGGUACCUGCUCCGCCGUAUCAUGAAUCCUGGACAAGGACGCGUGUCUAGGUCUGGUCAGAAGACGCAGACCCGGGGCAGGCGUAGGCGUCACUAGAAUCUACGUUCCGAUUCUUAUGUCAUUCUCAUCCG